GUCUCACGUGACUUAUUGUACGUAUACAUUUGCAGGAUGGAAAUACCGCGUCAGGAUCAACGACUUCCACUGGAAUAUCUUUUGCAACUGAAGCGUUGGAACACGCCGACAAUAUACAAUGGAUGGGAGCAAAUAACAAAACAUGACAGUGCUGCUGAUUGCUUCAAUAUUGAGGAGACACGCGAUUUUAUGCCCGAACAAGGGCCUAUGAUAGGCUAUGCAGCCACUGUUGUUAUUGAACCAUCCAAGAAGGCUCACAAAGCCAACAAACCGACUGCAAAGUCGGACUAUAGAAGAUAUCUGGCAAGUGUUCCUGAUCCAAAGAUUGUUGUUGUUCAAGAUCUCGACAAACCCAGAAUAGUUGGGUCCUUCUGGGGAGAGGUCAAUGCAAACAUACACAGAGCACUCGGCUGUGUUGGAACUAUAACAGAUGGGUCCAUUCGAGACUUAGAUGAGAUGAAAAGUGCUGGCUUCAAAGCUAUUGCACAACGUUUAUGUGUUGGUCAUGCUCAUGCUUAUCCUGUUGAGUGGGGUGUUGAAGUUGAGGUUUUUGGACGGAAAGUGAAGCCUGGCCAGCUGAUUCAUGCCGACAAGCACGGUUUUCUGGUAAUUCCAAAUGAAGACAAGCAAAGGCUCCUAGAAGCGUCAUUGUUCAUGGAUCAAAACGAAUGCAACACAGUAAUCAAAGCAGCACGAGAACAACAUGGUUCAUACGAGGAGAUGAUAGAAUGUUUUGACAAAGCAGGUGCUGCCUUCACAGAGGCAGCAAGAGAAAAAUUUGGUCACGGGCAACAAGAGUGGUGAACGUAACCAUUUAGACUGAAUACCAACUGCUGUGAUUUUACAUCAACUCAGAACACGUUUUGUUCAAUUUCAGUGGAAUCAAUUGAUGGUCAUUACAUUCAACACACACACACACAC